AAGAGAGCCCCCCACGGGUGCCAGCACCCCGGGAGGGUCCGAUCCUAGCCGGGCCCCUACACGAAUUCCCCCAACACAUCACUGAGACCCUGGCAUCCCCCCCAAACCCGCUUCACUGAGCCGGCGUCUGUGCACAUGUGCCCAUGUGUACCUGCGAGCGUGUUCAGCACCCAGCACAUGUGCACUGACAUGUAUGUGCGAGCGUCAGCACAUGCGUGUGUGUGUCCGUGUGUCCCCACGCGUGUGCCCGCGGAGGUGACGGAGCCAGGGCACACGGUAGUGACAGGCGGGGCCACUGGGGUGCUCAGCACCCAGCAACACCACCCCAAACCCUGAGACAGCCCCCGGGUCCGGCUGCAUCCUGUCACAGGAUGGGACCCGCCUGUUCCUCUUCUGUGCCCUGCGGAGGAGCGGCCGGAGUGCAGGCGAGUUGGGUGCUGGGGAUGGACACACACACACCACCCAUUGGGACCCCCGGGUGCUGCCCUGCCUGGGCAGAGCGGGAGAGGGGUGGGUGCCAAACUGGGCUGCACUGGUUUGUACUGGGAGGGGUAACGGGCAGGCUCAGUGAGAACUGGGGUCUUGCUGACCCCUCGUUUCCCACCCAGGUACCUGGAGGGGCCAUGGGGCACCCGAUGGCCCCCUUUGUGCUGCUGCUGCUGCUGUGCCCCACGUCCCCCCUGUCCCCUAUGUCCCCCACGCCCCCCGCGUCCCCCUGCUUCACCGUGCCGCCGGACGCCCCCCUUGAGCUCAAUCUGACCCAAACCAUCCCUCACUGCGCCAAGCUGGACUGGGGCCUCUUCCAGCGGCAGCAGCGGCUGUGGCUGGACCACAACGGCAUCGAAGCCCUGAGCCCCUCGUCCCGCGUCGAGCCGGGGCUGGAGGAGCUGGACUUGUCCCACAACGCGCUGCGGGAGCUGCCGGCCCCGUUCCUGAGCGGGGCGCGGGGCUUGCGGAAGCUCCUGCUGCGGCACAACCGCCUGCGGGACCUGCCCGACGGCUUCUUCGCCAACAGCACAGCCCUGGAGAGCCUGUGGCUGGACGGGAACCCCCUCCCCGCCGUGCCCCGCUCCGCCUUCCAGCCCGGGCUGCGCUUCCUGACCGUGCCGUGCCGCUGCGAUGUGGUGGGCACCGUCCUGGAGCCCUGCGCCUGCUCCCCCGCCGCCUGCCGCUGCCACUGCCUCGACCCCCAGCGCGGCCGCUUCAACGUUACCCACUUCCACGGCUCCGAGUGCCGGGGCCGAGCGGUGCUGGCGGCCGGAGCGGCCGCGGCCGUGGCUGUCGUGGCCCUGGCGCUGGCGGUGGCCGCCGUGGUUUGGCACCGGAGGAGAGCGGCGGCCGCCGGCGUCGGGGGGGCGAAGUGGGACGCGGUGGCGGCGCACGGGCAGCCCCGGUACGUCAGCAGGGCCGAUGGCAUCGACGGCACCGAUGGCAUCGACGGCACCGAUGGCUCCGCGCCGGACUAUGAGAACGUGCUCGUGAGCCCCCGCAGAGCCACAGCCACCGCGCAGGGAUGGACCCCGGGAUGGCAGCGGCACAGCCCGCAGGUCCCGGUGGGUGACGAGUGUUCCCCGCGGAGCGAGGACACCUGGGACCAGCCCAUCUAUGUCAACACACUGAGCCCCUGCCAGGACAGCAUCUACAUCACCCCUGACCAGUGAUGCUCCUGUAAUGACCCCAGCACAGAGGGGACAGGGAUGGGUGCUCCCCAUGGAUGUGGGCUCCGUGGGUCCGGCUAUGGCUGGGACAGGGACACGCACAUUCUCCGCUCCCAUCCUGCCAUGGACACCUCUCUCAGAGCGGUUAUUUUAAUACACCCUGGCCCCUUCCUUCACCCUGCUCCCUUUCAGUAGCUGAGGGCUGAGGUGCUUCCUCUGACAGCAGGGACACAGCACCCAUGGGCAGCAGCAUCCCAGAGCAGGGGACAUGUGUGAGGGCCCCCGGGGUGACCGCAGCAGCGCACGGUUCCUGUUCCCCUUUCAGCUGCUGAUGGGGUGCACGUGCACCUGGGGUUGGGGACAUCUGGACACUGGGCCCAACCCCGCCGUCGCUUUCGCCACCACUUUCCCUGCUAAAUCUGCCCAUGUGGGGAGCAGCAAAAGCCCCUUUUGGAGCGCUCCUGCAGGAUUCCCGGCUCUGCACCCCAAGGGGAUCAGCAUCCUGGGACACGGCCUUGUCUGGGAGUCCUCCCCCUCCAUGGGUCCCCUGGGCUCCAUCCCUGGUGAUGCUCCACCGGGCCCCAUUAAGUGGUUUAAUCAGCUUAAA